AUGUCGGACCUCGACGAUGUUUUGAAACAUUCACCGCUCAAGAGUCCCGCCACGGCGGAGGAGAGGGAGCAACAACUCUUCGCGCAAAUGGGCAAACCUCGACUGUUGAAAGCGAUGGACAAGUUCUUCCUCGAAACGCCGGACAAGUACGAGGCCGAGAUUCCCAAACCCACCAAGAGACUGGAGACAGGGGGGUGCAAUGAAAAAGAUCAUGGCUGA